GGUGAGUUUAAUCAGGGUUGCAAUUGACCUGAUCUCGUUGAAUUUUUAAACCCCCAUUUUACAGAGGCUGCGAGGAUGACCGCUCGAGUUUAUUUCUUGUUGAUUGCUGUUUUAUCAUGUCUGUUUGGAUACCUGAACACUAUUCGCGCUAUUCAAAGACAAAGCAAAGUGAAGCCGGGUCAAUGUCCCUUACCGGAGAGGAUUCCACUGUGGGCUGAAAGCUGUUUCAAUGAUGGACAGUGUCCAGCCACACGGAAGUGUUGCCCAACCCCCAGUGGCUUUGCAUGCACUGAACCACGUGAUCAGGGACGCAGCCAAGUACAGGGCAGUGGACCAGGCCAGGGAAGCCGCCACGGACAAGGAUCGAGUAGUGGAUGGGUUCAGGCUAGUGGACAGGGUAGCAGCCAGGGUAAGGGUAGAGGACAGGGUAGUGGACCAGGACAGUCUAGUGGCCAUGGCCAGGGAAGCAGCCAGGUUAAGGGAAGUGGACAGGUCCAUGGCCACGGACCUGGACAGGGUAGUGGCCACGGAGACGUCCAGGGUAAGGGAAGUGGACAGGGUAGCAGACCAGGACAGUCUAGCAGCCAUGGCCAGGGAAGCGUCCAGGGUAAGGUGAGUGGUCUGGGACAGGGUAGUGGACCGAGGCAGGGAAGCAGCCAUGGACUGGUUAAGGGCAGUGGACCGGGUCUUGGCCAGGGUAAGGGAAGUGGACAGGGUAGUAGACCAGUAAAGGCUAGCGGCCAGGGUAAGGGAAGUGGACAGAGCCAGGGAAGCAGCCAGGGUAAGGGGAGUGGACCGGGCCAGGGAAGCAGCCAUGGAUCAGGUAAGGGAAGUGGACAGGGCCACGGACCUGGACAGGGAAGUGGCCACGGACAGGGCCAGGUUAAGGCAAAUGGACAGGGUAGCGGACAGGGCCAGGGAAGCGGCCGGGGACUGGGCCAGGGAAGCGGCCGGGGACUGGGACUGGGCCAGGGAAGCGGCUGGGGACCGUGGUGGCCGUGGGGCAGACGGGGACCGUGGGGCGGAUGGGAACAGUGGUGGUAGCGGGCAGGCAAUUGUUCAAU